UCGUGUAUAGUUUUAGUAAUGUGUGCUCAUCGAUGGUGUACAUGUAUUUUGGUCAUUAGCUAGCAUAGAUCCCCCGUUCAUUCGCAGUGACCUCAAGUGUCAAGAUAUUUCCUUUCAAAUUUCAUCUGGGUCUGAAAGGCUCAGCAUCUCCUCGGGGCUGUAGUGGCUAGAGUCACACGAACCAAGUCCCUUCCAAUUUUACCGAAUUUCGGCCGAAGAAAAUGAGCCAAUUCCUUCCGUUCACGCCGCCGAUCGUCAAGCGGUUGUUGGGAUGGAAGAAAGACGACACGGAAGAUCGCUGGUCAGAGAAAGCUGUCAAAAGCCUCGUGAAGAAGCUAAAAAAGACAGGGGGUUUGGACGAACUGGAAAAGGCCAUCUCAUCUCAGGAUGUGCACACCAAAUGUGUUACGAUUCCAAGAUCGGAGCAUGUGGUCAGUGGGACUCACGUUUUGGCGCACCCUUCCAAUACCAAAGCCCAAUCGUCCUUGGACGGACGUCUUCAGGUCUCACAUAAAAAGGGGCUGCCCCAUGUCAUGUACUGCCGUCUUUGGAGGUGGCCAGAUCUCCAGAGCCACCACGAGUUGAAACCAGUGGAGCACUGCGAGUUUGCUUUUCGUCUUAAGCGGGACGAAGUCUGCGUCAACCCAUAUCACUACACAAGGGUUGAGACACCAGUGUUGCCACCGGUGCUGGUCCCCCGACAAACGGACGUCCCUACAGAGCUGCCUGCUCUUGAUGACCCAAGCAGUAUGGUUCCAGAAAAUGCUAAUUACCCAGUGGGUAUGGAACCACAGAACCUUCUCCAACCAGAAACUCCACCACCGGGCUACAUGAGUGAGGACGGCGAUAAUACAGAACAGAGUAUGGACACAUCUCAGAAUGGAACAAUGUCACCCAGUUCUACAGAUUCACUAGACCUACAGCCCGUCUCCUACUGUGAACCUCCUUUCUGGUGCUCCAUUGCCUACUACGAGAUGAACCAGAGGGUCGGGGAGACCUUCCAAGCCUCCCAGCCCUCCCUUACCAUCGAUGGUUUCGUCGAUCCUUCCAGCUCGGAGCGUUUCUGUUUGGGCCUCUUGUCCAACGUCAACAGAGAUCCCACAGUCGAAAUCACAAGAAGACACAUUGGUAAAGGUGUCAGGUUAUAUUACAUCGGCGGGGAAGUCUUUGCUGAGUGUCUAAGUGACAGUAGCGUGUUUGUCCAGAGCCCCAAUUGUAACCAAAGAUACGGCUGGCAUCCCGCCACAGUCUGUAAAAUACCACCAGGCUGCAAUCUUAAGAUUUUCAACAACCAGGAGUUUGCAGCCCAGCUGUCCCAAUCUGUCAACCGGGGAUUUGAAGCCGUCUACCAGCUAACUCGCAUGUGUACCAUCCGCAUGAGCUUUGUCAAGGGCUGGGGUGCCGACUACCGGCGCCAGACGGUCACCAGCACCCCUUGCUGGAUUGAACUUCACCUUAAUGGGCCGCUGCAGUGGCUGGACAGGGUCCUGACUCAGAUGGGUUCGCCGGUGGACAAGUGCUCAAGCAUGUCGUGAGUUGGGCCGUGCCCUGCCCUGCCCUGCCCUGCCCUCUCUCCCCCAGCUGACUCUCAGUCUUGUCAAAUUUCAUCAGGACUCCCAUGCCCAAAGCCACUUGUCAAGUGGUGAACUGUUUGAUGAAGUCACAGUGGCUGACAGGCUUAGGGAGGAAGGGAAGAGGGUUACUUACCCAUAAACCCUGAAGAGUGCUCCCUUGACAAGAAUUAAAUUCAUCUCAGAAAUUCUAUCCAAAUUUCUCUGGGGCCGUUCAUUUAUUUUUUGAUGGUGUAUCUAUAAUCACGCAGAGCUGAUGUUGUCACUUCUGUCUCUCAAAUGUUUGAGGGGAUGAAAAUUUGCAUACGCCACACUUAUUAAAAUCAAAUAUAUAUAUCUCAUCAGUGUAUAAAAUAUUUAGAGAUUCAGGCUUUUGGUCCCUUAUUGCUAACUGUUGCAUAAGAGACUUGUGACAUUUUUGUUCAAAUUUAUAAUGCUUGCAAACAAUAGGGGGUUGCACUGACAGAUUUCAGAAAAAUGCAAACUGCAUAUCUUCACGGGAUGGUUUGAUUUGGAAAAUUUCCUUUCGCAUUGCCUUUGAAAUGGUAUUUCCGCCUGGUCCAAUUUUCUUUUUUCCUCCGUAUUUUAUCUGGCAAGGAGCUGUUGGCUACAGUGUAAGUGUAGCUCAACGCUGCUUCAUCGCCAGGAGAAAAUGCAGCUUUGAGCUUACUUGCUGUAGGAUGUUAAGUCCGGUGCGUUACCACCUAUACUCAAGUCUGGAUGGCUGUUGAAUUUUUACACACACCACCAUCUAGGCUUUGUUCAGAUUGAAUCUUGUGGGACAGCCCCAGCAGUGACACUCGAAAAGUUUUAUUUUUAAUCGUCGUUGACGGGGAGAAAAUGGAAAGAAAGCAGCUGUAAACAAUUUUUAAAAAGUAAGAAUAUUUUUAUGAGGAUUAAUAGUGUAUGAUAAUCUUGCUUCUUAUAGGUCGUUAAAGUGCUUGAACAUGAUGCAUUGUGUGCUGAUAAGACUGUAAGGCUAAACGUGUCGUUACUGUGUCAUUUUGUUGCUGAUUUGAUCAUUUUUGUCCACUUACCUUUAUAUCUCUCCCGUAACCCUGGUCAUCAUCACUUUUUCUCAGGCAGUUGUUCCUGGCAGUUUGAUCUUUACAGUUUACCGAUCUCUUAAAGAUGGAAAUUUCAAGAAUUUGUCGACUGAACUUGUAAAUCACAGGACCUGUAUGCUCGGAAUCUCACUGAACCUAACUUAGGUUCCAUUUUUAAGGAGACCACAAGUUGACCUUUAUGUAUGCUACGUUUUAAAAGAGUUAUUAAACCCCAUGUAAAGCAAUUGUGUGUAUGCUUCAUCUUCCUCACAUCCUCCAAAAUCAAUCAAACCUUGAUGGAUCAUUAGGGAUCUGGUGGAUUGGGUUAGCAAUGAGUGUGUUCGGUUAUCAAUUUAUAGAAAAUUAUAUUACAUUCUCAUCGGGCAGAUUUUCUGGAAUGGUCCCGGUAGUGAUCCUGAACCAUUAACGAAAAUCAAAUGCAGGUAUUUGUUUUUUGUUUUUCCCUUCAUUCUUCAUGAAAAAAAAAAAGCCAGAUGACUUGACAAAUGUUUUAUUCAGAAUGAAGGUACCAGUGAUGCUCCCCCAGCCGCGAGAGUUCCACCGGCAGGUUUUGACCUUGGGACUGUUUGUUUGACACGGAGCUGGAUCGCACUCAGUGAUCCUAACACUGGUUAACACUAUCCAUUAGGCAAGUUUUGGUGUCCCUAAACCAACGAGGGAUCACUGAUUGUAAACCAAAGCUGUGUGAAACCUCUGGUCUAGGCUCGCAGAGUGAGGGUUCCCACGAUUGUUCUUCCUUCAUACUGUGCCCAUUCAUAAGUAGAGUUAUCUUGGCUUCAAAACUAGAGGUGAGUCUCGUAGCUUGGUGCAUCCAAUAUGAAAAUGUAUUGAGACAAUCACAUCAUCUUUUACUGUUCUGUUGUAGAAGGGUAAACCUUUUUUCCCCCUUUUUAUUUUAAAAUUGGGUUUUUCCUUUUUGAAUGGAUAUUUGGUGAAGCAUUUGUACAUACUGCUCACUUCUGGCCAGUUUUUAUUUUACAUUACGUCGCAUUGGUGCUAUAAGGUCCUUAAAAAAAUUGUGCUAGAAGAUCCUUAUUGGAAAAUACUGCUUACAAAAGGAAUUGAUUGAGAAGAUUGGGUGAAACUUAAAUGUACAUGUCCAUGUACGGGUAAAAAAUAAUGUUGAAAAUAAAACCGUUUGGAAUGCAGUCUGUUCCACCCCAAAAAUCUUUUAGUUUCAGAAGAAGGCCCUAAGCUUAUUUUUGAAAAAUGUCACGACUGCACUGAGGACCUCAGAGCACUGACUUGGCUCAUUUUUUUCCCUUGACAGGCUUGGGAAGAAACAAAAGCCUAAAUUUCACGACAGAUGUAUUUUUGCAACUCAGAUUUGUUUCACAACUUUUUUUUUAAUCGCAUGGUUGAGCUCCUAUCAUGCAUGGCCAUGACGCAUUUUUGUUUGUUUUUCUCUCUCAUCUUCUCUAAGGCCUGAUUCAUUUGACAGUGGAAAUGUUGAUGUGAAGGUUCACGGUUGUGGGAAUUUGGAAAGAAAUGAUAAUGAUCUUAAUUUAUAAUUUAUCAGUUGCAUCUUGCAUGUAGGAAUGGUGUGUGUCUGGGCACUGUUUGAAAAAAAGUCGCCGUUUUAUGUUUAUUAAUCAGUGUAUUACUGUGUAGAUUGAAGAGGAUAUGUCACAGGAAACGGACUGAAAAAAGGUGAUAUAAAUUUAAAAUACAUGCCAUGUAAAAACAAAAAAUAAAAGCCAUACGCUGUACAUUUGUGUAAAUAUGUAACUAUUGCUUAAAGCACUUUUCUGUAGAAUUUCUUCUUGAGAAAAAAAAAAGCUGUUUCCUCUUUCUGUGCCAUCUCUUAUCUCUUUACUAAGAGGAAAGUGCCCCGGUUACCCGCAGUUAAAUUUAAUCACUUCUCUCAAAUGUAAUUCACCAUGGGACUUGCGAAGUAUAUCGUUUGAAGAUGGUGAACUUCGGAAAGUCAGCAAGAUUUGUGAAUGCCAUUAUUGUUGGAGAGAGUUGCAACACGCAAAGCAAAAUUGAAAGGGGCUGAUUAUUAUUUUCAACUACACCUCAAGGGAGGCCAAAUUUUAGGGACACAUUACACAUACCAGUCUUUGUGAUCUUGAGACAUGAAGUCGUGUAAUACCACAAGUCCAGGAUUUGUUUCUGUGCCAUAACUCACCGCACUUUAGUGUAGGUAUUUUCUUCUCAAAAAGACCUAUGCUCACUCACUCCCUAUUGAAUUGACCAGCUACAGUUGUAACCAUGAACAGCCCCUAGUGAACGAGAAGUUAAUUAAUUAUAUUACUAUUUGGUUUAAUUUUUCAGUUGCCUUUUGGUCGCUUACUUGAAUAAGGAGAAUAAUUAUUUGUCACUGGCUUAGUGAAUUUAUAUCUUAUCUUGAAAAUGAUGAGUUUAUAAUUACCAUUCCAGAAAGGGUCUACCAAUAAGCACUCUUUAAUGAAGAGCAUCACCCAAUAAUUCUGUUUUUAUGAACUAUUCUGUGUACAUUUGACACAUCAUUGGCUGAAAAAAAUGACGUAUUGUGCUGCUAUAGUUCUGCUGACGUUUUCCCACAGAAUUUAGCAAUGUCAUAUUUUCGUUUUGUGGUUAUGUUUCAUUCUGAUAUGUUUCUUGCGAACAGUCGGAUAAUUUAAUGUCAUAAAAUGAUCAUAACGUCUGAGCUGUUGCACUUGCACAUUACGGAACCGAGAGCUUUUUAUGUAAGACUCAAACAGCCGUGUGAUGUAAUGUUCUGACGGCUGUUUCAGUGUGGUAUUUGUCGUGUAGUCAAAAUGUCUUCUGGGUAGCAAAGCUAAAUGCUAAUUCUGUGUUGGUGCUUGCAUUGUUAAUGUAGACGAUUAUUUCAAUAAAAUGACAAAAUUGUAAACAAAAAAUAAAAUAUACUAUUAUUAAAACAAA